AAGAAAACAUGAUUGGGCCAAGAAACGAAAUAACAGCAGGUAUUAGAGCAGAUCCUGAUGAUGCUGAGUCAAGACAACAGCUACAACUACCAAGUGCAGGGCCCCUGAAGAUGGAAGACUCGCGUGCACCAAAGCUCACCUUUCGGCAGAGACGGAGGAGAGUGAUGCGUGACGCCAGUGACGAACCGAAUCCGUUUUUGGGUGAGGUUGAUGAGGCAGAGAAGGUAAUGCCACGACUGGUUGGUGAAGAUGGAAAGGUUCCCGAUCCAGCAGUCACUUCAGGUAUAUCCACGACUGAGACUGAUGGAGGAGCAGAAGGUCGUAAUCUGAUCUGUUCACAGAGCAACCCAGCUACUUCACUGCAAGAGACCAAGCUUCAAAAGGACCACAAGAAGAGUGAAGUUCUGGCUCUCGCUCAAGAUGACGGAGGAAAUGCGGUGGAGCAAAAAAAUGGAGAGAUCUUAUCCUCGAGUACUGCGGUUGCAAUACAAGAAAACCCGAACGAGGACCCCUCUAUCUCAGCAUCGAGCCUUAACUACAAACUUCCGUGUCCUCCUCCAAUCCUCGCCUGCACAAAAUACAAGCCUCGCGACUCAGGCAAAGAGUUGCAACGGUUUUUUCAACGAGCUGUGGGUGUGGUUAUGAAAAAAGGGAGGAAAGUGGCGCCUGACUCAGACAAGAUUGCGCAAUUGCAUUUCUUGAACCUGAUGAGUGUAGCGAGCGCAGCCCAUUGGCUUCGGGGGAGGUCUAUAGUGCGUAGGCUAGCGCGUAAUCUUGCUAUGUCGAUGUCGGCGUCUUGGUCUCCCGUUGAGGUUGCGAGAGCAAUUGAAGAAGUAGAUGCUCAUGACGAGCACCUGGACACGGAGGAUGCUGUGGUGCCCAUAUCGAAUUCUAGAUCAACAAGUAGCAGUAGCGUGAUGUUGGGAUCAGGAAUACAUAGGAGGACCGGAAUUCUUCCCCCGCACUAUGCCUUUUCUAUCAUUGUGUUGCUGCAUCAGACAUUGGUUGUGAUGCCAGUGAGCAGUAGUUCUGGGAGCAUCGGCAGUGGCAUAUCUAGCGAAUCUGAAAAUUUUUCAGAUUCGCUUCGUGUUGCUUUCAAGGAAAAAGAGCACCUCUCUGAGAAGGGCACCAUGGGAGGAUCUGCAAUGUCGAAAUCCUCGAGAAAUCCACGCGACACCGACGAUGUCCGAAAUGAGAAGGCUUAUGGAAAAGCGGAUCGGAUUUUCACAAGAUCGGCUUCGUUGUUGGACUUCCGGAAGUUGGCAGAAAAGUUGUUGGAAAACGUUCGUCUGGGGGAAAAUGAGAGGUCCGUCACGGAACAGGACAAAGAUGAGAAAGCCAGUGGUCUUGAGAAAUCGCUUUCAAAAGACAUACCGAUGGCAAGGAAGGUUGCAACGGCAGUCGGGUUCUUGAAUUUGAGAGUCGAAAUUGACUGGCCCAGCAUUUUGGAAGAAUGGGACACAGAAAAUCAGCGUGACCAUGCUGAGAAGGUACCC